UUGUUGUGGAUAGGAGAAAAGCUUAGGUUUGCUCAGUGCCUGCCCAUCCUCUUUCUUUCACUCCAGUAACAUGUUGCUCUCUUCUCCAAUUCCGACGUCGGCCCGUGGUCUGAAUCUGAAAAAUGUACGUUACGUUACCGGCAACACUACUUUACGCCUCCCUCUCAAGAUACAGAGCAUGGCAAAACAGAGCAGCGAAGAAGAAGAAGUAGGCACAGUGGAGAAGCUAGCAAUCGCAGGAGGACUAAUCUCGACGCCGAUGAUUGGCUGGUCACUCUACACUUUGAAAACCACUGGCUGUGGCCUCCCACCAGGCCCCGGCGGUUCCAUUGGCGCCCUCGAAGGAGUGAGCUAUCUGGUCGUUGUGGGAAUUAUCGGAUGGUCAAUCUAUGUUAAGACGAAAACGGGUUCAGGUCUUCCAAAUGGUCCGUUCGGUCUGUUGGGAGCCGUCGAAGGCUUGUCUUACCUUUCGUUUCUUGCCAUUGUUGUUGUGUUUGGUUUACAAAUUUUGCAGACCGGAUCUUUACCCGGACCACUACCCACCGAUCAGUGUUUUGGAUAAUAAAUAAUCAUCUUCAUUUCAUAUGCAUGCAUGCAUGUGUUUGUGUGUUUGUUUGUUUGUUUGUUCUAGUUGUAUCUUAUGAUUCAAAUAAAAUCUUCUUGUCCUUCCUUCCUU